UACAUAGCUCAACGAGCCGCCUCUACGUUGACCCUCCCUCCAUCGCUUACGAGGCAUGUCCUGUAGCCAGAUUCACGCGCCAAGAGACAUCUGGCCACAAAGUUUCAUCCUUGUCAUCGACUAAGUGUCCUCCUCUCGAUUUUACAGCAAUCAGGAGCAAACCCCGUCUUCCAAUGGUCGUCAUCUCCUGAGAGGGGUUGAUCUAGGGCCUCGAUCAUGCAAGGCCGGUCCAGCGAGAGACACAACGACGGUCUGGUCUUCGCUCCGAGAAGGGACGUCACAUCUAUAAUGGAGAUGGAAGCACCGACAGUCGAGGAUUGCAUGAUCGUGGCGCAUCAUCUGUCGGGUAACCGCAACCGUACAGGCAGAGAGGCAGAGCGACACGCCAUGGGUAGGUCUCUGCCCUCAGGCCAUGUGUUUGUGCCACUCGGCGCAAUGCAGGUUCGUGUGACAUGCCAACUUGCCUUCCCGCCAUCCAUUAACGCUCAUCCCGAAUUCAGGAUUCCAGCGUGCAAUCAGGGGCUACUCACUCACUCGCAAAGAACCCCGAAUCAGUCUUUUCGAGAUUGCGUGGGUUUCCCAAUAUGGCUUCAUGAAUCAUUGAGGAUGGGCAGCCUUCCAGACGGGCAGGUGCUCAUAUCGCUUGCUGGAUUAGAAACCAAGAACCGCAGCAGUGGUAUUGUUGCUGUUUCGUCACCGUGAUGCUUCCAAGAGCAUCGCCCCCGCAGCUAGACAAGGGGGAGGGGAAUUCUUCGCACUCGCCAACAUGGACAAGUUUGGAAAAUUGACCUCCAACAAACAAAAUAAACCUAGCAAAACCCCCGAAAUCUAUGACCCGUACGAUCUCAACCCCUGGCGCCAUCUAGAUGGCCCGACCGACCAUCGCCCAUCCCCAAAAUCGACUUGUGAAUACACUAGCAAAAAGUCAGAAUUGCACUCAUUUCCG